CUAGAAAUGGCUCGAGCGGCGGGCGUUGUUGGCUAUGCGUGCUGCCGGACGGACGUAGCGGGUGCCCAUGUCGGCAUUAUUGACAACGUCUCCCAUCCCUGUCCAUUGUAAGAAGCUCCCGAGAUGCCAGCACCCCAUUGGUCAACAGUCGUGAGCGGCCAUCUGUUUACCUGUAACAUCUGUCGACCUCGAGCUCACCACCUCCAAACGUCAGUCGCAUCGGUUUCCCAUCCAUUACCCAUCCAAACUGCCCGUAUUUUGGCCUCACAUGGUCGCCGUCCUGUCGCGACUCCCACAGAGUAGUUGAAAUAUCAAUAUUGUAAUAUUUCCGCACCACGUAUCACGCCAUGCCCGUCGAGCUCCGGAAGCGCAAAGCUCCUGCGCCGGCACCAGAACCGCCUGCUAAGAAGACUUCCAAGGUCUCCAAGGCAGUUGCCAAGGUUAAGGAAACCGUCAAGAGCACGCCGACCAAAUCCAGCGAGCCCAAUGGCGCUGCAAAGCCUGUCGUCGGCGCCACUAUCACUCUUGACGGCUUCGGUGGCGAGAUUGAGACUAACGAGGGCACUAAAACGACCCUAAAGGCCCUCGUGGAUGAGAGCAAAUCUGGUGUUGCCCUGUUCACCUACCCCAAGGCUUCUACUCCUGGAUGCACCAACCAGGCCUGCCUCUUCCGAGACUCGUACGAACCAUUCACCAAGGAUGGUCUCGCAAUCUACGGGCUGUCUACGGAUUCUCCCAAGGCCAACACUACCUUCAAGGAAAAGCAGAAGCUGCCUUACCCGCUGCUCUGCGACCCCAGCGCCACCCUGAUCGAUGCCAUCGGGCUGAAGAAGAAACCCAAGGGCACUCAGCGUGGGGUGUUUGCCAUUGAUAAAGCUGGCAAGGUGUUGCUGGCCGAGCCUGGUGGCCCGGCUGCUACUGUCGAAGCCGUAAGGAAGCUGGUGGAAAGCACCGUCGGAACUGAGGUGAAGACAGAGCCCGUUCCAGUCUCUGAAGAGUCGAAUCCCGUCAACGGCGAAGAUGGGACGGAUGAGAAGAAGCCGGAGGAAGCUGUCACAGAGCCUGCCGAUUAGUUUCUGCGGCAAUGGUUCAGCAACCUCCCUAACACACGAGGUCUUUUCCAGCCGCUGCAUGGAGACAGCGCUUUGCAAUACACGGAUGCGCGCGGAUCUUGAUCGUCAAGCAGUGAGGGUUCGGAUAUUUCCGUUACUGAAGUUGUUGAACAGGGUAUGACACUUUUAUGGUUCCCAUGUCUGAAUUGCGAUUGUCCCGUCUGGAGGAUCAGUCGGUAUUCCAGUAGUCAUUCACACUGAACACCAGAGCAACAGGCCAGCUUCGAUUAUUAUAUCCGCAGCUUUAGUUGUACAUUCCGUUUCAUCAAGGAGUAUGAGCACAAUUGACCAAACACGUUUUACAAUGUAGUGAUAUUCAUUGCUACAAUGCCACGAAGUUCUUCAACAUUUCCAGAACCCAAUUAGAUCCUUACUGGACCCUUCCCUAGCCGUAAUAGCCG